AUCUGAUCCCGAGUUGGAAAUCAAGAUAUUCCUUAAUCACUUAGUGACUUAGCAGCAAAAGAAGAAGAACCACAUCAUGAAAUCGCAUUCCCUUUUAGACUCCAAACAAAGUUCCCUAAUCAAGCCCCAAUAAUUUAACCUCACCUUCAUUAACAAGCCUUCAGUUCAUAAAUCAAAACUCCCCCAUCAUAAAUUAAUUCCUCUCUUUCCUUGUCAGUAGAGAUUAACCAAGCACAUUUAAUUCACCGAUUGAAUUAAAGUGACAACUGGUUGCGCUCACUUGCUUACAUAUAAAACAAGAAGAAGAAGAAGAAGAACGCGAAAACCAACCUCCCAAAUGGGUAUACUGAAAUCAAAACACCACAAGUAUACGCUCCUCUUUUUUCUUAGUAUUUCGUUUCCUCUGUUUCUUCUUACACCUAUUACUACCUCAGACAACACAAACUUGAUCUACAAAGGUUGUGCCGACCAGAAGAUGCAAGGCCAAUACUCCCAGAACCUUAAACCGCUCUUGGAUUCACUAGUGUCGGCGUCGGCGCAAAAGGGCUUCGCCGCGACUACACAAAACGCGCUCACGGGCGCGUACCAAUGCAGAGGGGACCUCUCCAACUCCGAAUGCUACAACUGCGUCAGCAAGAUUCCAAACAUGCUGGGGCGCCUCUGCGGCGGUGAUGACGUGGCGGCGGCGCGGGUGCAGCUGAGCGGGUGCUACCUGCGGUACGAGGUGGUCGGGUUCAAGGUGGUCCCGGCCACGCAGCUGCUGUACAAGGUGUGCGGGGCCCGCAAGGUGGUCGACGGCGGAGGGUUCGAGGCGAGGAGGGACGCGGCGUUUGGGAUGGCGGAGAACGGCGUGCAGAACAGCGGAAAUUUGUUCUACACGGGGAGUUACCAGAGCCUCUAUGUGUUGGGGCAGUGCGAGGGUAGUUUGGGAAAUGCGGAUUGUGGGGGUUGUAUCAAGAGUGCUGCGGAACAGGCUGGGGAUCAGUGUGCUGACUCCAUCUCCGCGCAGGUUUAUCUCCAGAGUUGUUUUCUUAGUUAUAGCUUUUACCCCAAUGGUGUUCCCACCUUGUCAUCUUCCUCAGGGGGAGGAGGGGGGCAUCCACACACGGAGAGGACAGUGGCACUUGCGGUGGGAGGGGUGGCGGCUCUGGGAUUCUUGAUUGUUUGUUUGUUAUUUCUCAAGUCGGUGUUGAAGAGAAGAGGUGGGAAGCGUUGAUAAAGUUUAUUAUUUUAUUUGAUUUGGAUUGCGUGUGUAUAUACCCCUCCCUCAGGAUCCACAGAUGAUCAGUUUUUAACAUCUUAGGUGAAUAUACCUUUGCCUUAAUUUGUAUAGUUUCUGAUCGAAAGGGAUUAUCAUUAUUAUUAUUAUAGGAAAAUAUUCUUAUGAUGAGUAGUGAAUCCGAUUUGUGGUAUGGUAUGGUAUGAAAUGGAUUGGGGAGAAAGUGAAGGGUGCUAUAGAUCUAUGUCCCCACUAUAAUAUGACUUUAGCAAAGAGAUAACACUUUUUUUUUCCCUUCUAAAA